UUUGACAGCUGUCAAAGCACCGUCCUCGAACAAGCUUUGUUGUGGUGGUCCACAAGAAAAAGCUACAAAAGUUUUGUUUGGUUUCCUCUCAACGGUGAAUUAACGCACGAUGCCGAAAUACUACUGCGACUACUGUGACACCUACCUUACGCACGAUUCGCCCAGCGUCCGGAAAACACACUGCACCGGCCGCAAGCACAAGGAUAACGUGAAAUUCUACUACCAAAAAUGGAUGGAGGAGCAGGCGCAGCAUCUGAUCGAUGCGACCACGGCAGCGUACAAAGCUGGCAAGAUUGCCCCGAAUCCGUUCACCACGGGGCCACCGAAGCCGAACAUUUCCAUACCACCACCGACCAUGAAUAUGCCGCCUAGGCCGGGUGGAUUGAUUCCCGGCAUGCCGGCCGGUGCUCCACCGCUGCUGAUGGGACCUAAUGGACCGCUGCCACCGCCGAUGAUGGGUAUGCGUCCACCGCCGAUGAUGGUACCGACGAUGGGUAUGCCCCCGAUGGGACUCGGGAUGCGGCCACCGGUGAUGAGUACUGCUCCGCCCCAGCUCAACCCGAAAAGCUAAGGAUAGAUUAGGAUUAUUGUUUGGCUUCAUUCUUUUACGCUAUGGAAUAAUCGUGUAUCAAUAGAAAGUACGAAAAUAUAACCGAACCCUGAGUGGGUGUGAGCGCAGAUACGGCACACCAAAUCAA